AUGGCCCUUCCACAAAAGAAGUAUUAUAGACAGCGAGCACAUUCUAACCCUAUAGCAGAUCACUGUUUUGAAUACCCUGCACAUCCUGAUGAAUAUGAUUGGUCGACUUUAUAUCCAAUUCUAAAGACAGAUCCAUCAAAGAAAAAUGUUGAAUUCCUUGAUGUUGGCUGUGGUUAUGGUGGACUACUAGUAACGUUAUCACCAAUGUUUCCGGAAAACCUAAUGCUGGGACUGGAAAUUCGCGUUAAAGUAUCAGAUUAUGUAAAUGACAGAAUUGUAGCAUUUAGGAAACAAUUUCCGGAUCAAUACCAAAAUAUUGCAGUGCUAAGGACAAAUGCAAUGAAAUAUUUACCUAAUUUCUUUCACAAGGGUCAGCUAAAGAAAAUGUUCUUCUUGUAUCCAGAUCCCCACUUUAAAAAAGCCAAGCAUAAGUGGAGGAUUAUUAACAAAUGGCUUUUAUCUGAAUAUGCUUAUGUACUUGCAGAACAAGGUAUUGUUUAUACAAUAACAGAUGUUAAAGAUUUACAUGAUUGGAUGGUAACACAUUUUGAAGAACAUCCAUUGUUUAAACGAAUUCCAGCUGAUGAAUUGAAAAAUGAUGUAAUUGUAGAAAAAUUGUUUGAAAGUACUGAAGAAGGACAGAAAGUAACAAGAAAUAAUGGAGAAAAGUUUCUUGCUGUGUUUCAAAGGGUAGCUGACAAUUUUGUGGAAAAUAAUAAAUAA